AAAUUUGAAUUUGUUGUUGUGUAGAUCUGAAUUGUGGGAAAGAAGGAUUAUCCGCUUUUAUGAAUGUGAGGUCAGGCUUGAUUCAUUUCUGAUUAAGCAACAAGCCCUGGAGUGCUCAGCAUGAGCUGGGCAGUGGAAGAGUGGAAGGAUGGGCUGCCUGGCAAAGCCCUCCAGAAAAUCCAGGAAAUCGAGAGCCAGCUAGACAAGCUGAAAAAGGAGAGGCAGCAGAAGCAGUUCCAGCUGGAAACAUUGGAGGCUGCCUUGCAGAAGCAAAAACAAAAGAUGGAAGUAGAGAAGAAUGAAGUAACAGCACUCAAAAGAGAGAACCAGUCUUUGGUGGAGUCCUGUGACAACCUGGAAAAGACAAGGCAAAAGGUUACCCAUGAGCUGCAGGUAAAGGAACAGCAAGUCAACUACUUGGAGGGGCAGCUCGCUGCCAGCAAGAAACAAAUCGAAAAACUGGAGCAAGAGAUUAAGAGGAACAAGGUUGAACUAGACAGGAGCCAGCAGUCGGUUGCAGCAGGAGAUCAACAAUCAUAUGGAACACCACAGAAAAGCUUUGCAACUCCUGCCACACCAAGCCAAAAGCUACAUGAUUCAAAACUGGAAGAAAUUCAAGAGAAAUAUUAUAAAGAAGUGGAAGAAAGACAAAAACUGGAAGCAGAGCUGAAAGUUAUGCAAAUCAAAUUAUUAAACCAGUCGUCAGUAAGUCAUAAGGACAUUGCAAGACAGCAGACACAAUCCUCGAUAUUUCCUUGGCAACAAGACCAAACGCCAAGCCGACAGUCACACAGCUUCCUGGAAACCCCUUUGAAAAGGGGGAUUGGAGCUUCCAGCUUCCUCUGGGACCAUGAAGAAACUCCAUACAAGCGAAAUUCCAGAAGCACAUUGCAUGACAAUGCAGGCAGCUCUCAGCAAAGUGAACAGCUGAAAGCAAUGAAUCAAGAUCUGAAAGCCAAAGUGUCAGAGAUGGAACUUUGUCUUCAGGCCCAAGACAAAGAUAUGAAAAACCACGUGAACAAGCUGCAUGAAAUUCAAAUCAGCUUUGAAAAAGCAAAGAUGGAACUUGCAGAGAAAGACAAAAACUUAAAUAAAUGCAGGGAUGAAUUGACCAGGGUGACAGGACAGUAUGAACAAGCCACUUCCAAGUGUGCAGCCCUCGAACAGAAACUGAAGCAGUUGUCUGAGGAGUUGAACUGUCAGAGACACAAUGCUGAUAGCUCGCGGCUUGCCCUGGAGCAGAAGAUGAAGGACCAUGAAAAGGAGUACCAGAAGGAGCUGGUACAUCAACAGAAUUCCCUUCGCAGUCUAGAUCAAGAGUUUCAUCAGAUGAAAUCAAAGAUGAGCCAAGAGCUCCAGCUGGCCAAAAGUGAUUACAAUGCCCUUCAGGCUGAAAUGGAUAAGAUAGUGCAGCAGAAGCAUCACCUGGAAAAAUGUGUUGAAGAUCUUAAGCAGAAGUUAUGCAGGACGGAGCAGAUACUACAAACUAGUCAGACGAAAGAGAAUGAAAUGAGAAAGAACUUUGAGGGAAUCCAAAAAGAAAAAAACAGUCUUAGCUGUCAGUUCGAGCAAAGUUCAAGGAGAAUGACUCAAGUAGAAGAAGAACUGAAAGCUGCAAAACAAAAUCUCAAACAAAGCCAUAGCUUGAUGGAAGACUUUAAAGCUAAAACUCUUGCACAAAGUGAAGAACUGAAAUGUCUUCAAGUUAAAAUGGAAAACCAAGAUCAGUCUUCAGCGUUGGAGUUGGAAAACAUGAAAAAAGUAGUGUCUGAUCUUGAAAAAAUUAAAGAAAUGGCUCAGAACCAAAUAAAGAAACAAGAACAGGACCUGGAACAAAUGAAAAGUAAGCAGACUGUUAUGGAGAAAGAACAGCAGGCACUGCAAAUUGCUCUGGAUUCUAAGCAGAAUGAAUGCACUGAAUUAAAGAAGGAGAAUGAUUUCCUUUCCAAAUGGAAGACUGAAAAGGAAGAUCUUGUAAACAGUGUAGAGAUUGAAAGAGAACACAUGUUAAAUAAAAUUGGUGAUUUGGAAAAAAAUAUUGAGAUGAUUCAGAAUGUGAGCUGUGGCCUAAAUGAAAAGGUGAAUAGUCUUAAAAGUGAGAAGGAAGAUUUGACAGAGCAGACUGACUCUUUAAAAGGUGAACUUCUUAAAAAGUGUAUGGAAUUAGAAGAAAAGAGCAAAGUGUAUGAAGAACUUCAGAAAAGCUCCGAGGAGGAUAAUCUAAAGUAUACAAAAGAUUUAGAGAAUGGCAACCUGCAGAUUACUGAACUCCAAGCAAAGGCAUCAAAUUUGGAAAUGAAACUGCAAUUGGAGACCUGUAGAGCUGACAAAAUGGAACAGUCUUACAAUGAAUUUAUACUACAGUAUGAAAGUGCUUGCAAUCUUGCAAAAUCGAAAGAGUCUGUAAUUGAUCUGAAGGAAGAAGAAAUCUUACACUUAAAGAACACCAUUUCUCAGGCAUUGUCCCAACAUGAGCAACAGCUAGAAAAGCUCAGUACGGAAAGGUGUAGUUUACUUAAAGCACACGAAGAGAGUCUCUAUGAAAAAGAACAAGCAUUUCAGCAGGCCAGUCUGAACUUUGAAAAGAGUCAACAGGAAGCAGCACUCUUAAAGGAUCAAGUGUCUUCAUUAGAAUCUUCUUUAAAACUUCAAAAAAACCUUAAUGUUGAAUUACAGAGCAAAUGUGAAGAGCUUUCAAAAGUUAAAGGUGAACUGCAGAUUAAAUUUUCACAGGCUGAGGAAAGCCAAAAAGAACUUCUUCAAGAAUUAUCUCUGCUGUCUGAACAAGCCAGUUCUUCAGUGUCUCUACAAGAGCAGUGUAAUCUUUUCUCCGAAGCAGCUAAGGAAAAGGAAGCUUCUUUGCAAAAUUUGACGAAGGAGCUUGAAAGCAAAGUAACUCAAUUGCAGGUCUUCAAAGCAAGUGUUGAGGAGCUUAAAAAUUCAGUUGAGGAAACAGGGUUGAAGUCUUCCAGAUUAGAAGAUGAAAAUGCACAGCUCAAAGCUAGACUACAGACUCUGGAAGAAGAAAUUGGACAGGUUACUGUGAGGAGUCGAAGUCUAGAGGACUCUCACAACAUCUUGUGCCAAGAGAAAGACAGUCUUUUGAAAGAAAUAUAUAGACUAAAUGAUUUAGUAGGAGAGAAAGAAGAUGCUUCUGCAGAGAUGAUACAAUCUUACAAAAAUGAGCUUGGGGUUGCUAAUGAGUUGUGUGCUCAACUUAAAAGCUCUUUAGAAGACCUACAGGGCAAAUAUACUUCUGUUAUGGAGCUGAAUUCAACCUUAGAAAUUUGUCUGAGGGAAGAAUCAUAUAAAAAGUUUUCCCAGGAUAAGGAAUUAGUGGAACUUCAGAAAAAAUAUAGGGACGAAUCAGAAGAACAUGCUGCUAUGCUCAAGGGUUAUGAAGAUAAGCAAAUGCAACUACUCCAGGAGAAAGAUGCAUUACAGUCUCAGCUGCAAAAUAAAAGCAAUGAAGUUGAAAAUACAAUGGAGAAACUAGAAAUGGCAGAAAAUGAAAUAAGCCAGCUAAAAAAGAAUAAUGUGAUCUGUAAUGAAGAGCUAAAAAAAAUGCAAGAUUGCUAUAGAAUGAUCACCCAAGAAAAAGAGACUUUGAAACAGCAGGUAUCUACUCACCAAAGUGAUCUGGAGUCUUUGAAAAGUGUGUUAUUAAUUUCUGAAAACUGUAUAGUAGAAAGAAACCUGAAGAUUGAAAUGCUUGAGGCUAAGCUAAGUGCCGCAGAAUUGAAACAGAUAGAAAUUUCUGACAGAUUAAAGGAAAAGGAAGUACAGUUGAACAAAAUUAAUGUUCAGCUUGAAAUGCUUCAGAUGGAUCUUGAGGAUAAUCAGAAAAAUUGUGUUUGUGAAGGAAGUGAGUUUGAACAACUUAAAAAUUCCUUAGGUAUCCUUGAGGGAAAACUUAAGGAAAAUGAGUUGCAAAAGUCUUCUCUGCAGAAAACGUUGCACUCUGCCAGGGAAGAACUUGCAGAGAAAGAACGUGAGGCCUUACUCACCAAAGCAGUUUUGGAGGAUGCCCAAAAAUCCAGCAAAAGCAUGAAUGAAAGUUAUAUUGCUCUUGCUGCUAAAGUUGAAAUGUUGCAGGCUACAAAUGAGAAAGCUCAAUUUUCCCUGGAUGAGGAAGUUAAAAGAUAUACAGUUCUUGAAAAUUCCUAUAGUAAUUGGGUAGCAGAAAAGACAGAAUUGAAAACUAAGCUUACUGAAUCACAACAUCAGUGCUUGAAUGCUCUUGAAGAGAAUAAAAUCUUAAUAAAGAACAGCAGUUUUAGCUUUGAGGAAACUCUGUUAAGACUACAAGAAGAAAAUCAGACAUUGAAAUCCAUGCUUGACCGGCAAAAUGAUAAAAGCAAAUGCUCUGAAGAGCUCAAAAUGCAGAAUAAAGAUCUUGAAAGCUGCCAAAUAAGUUCUGAAUGCCAAUAUGAUAGCUUAUCAAACCUAUCUAAGCAACAAUGCUUUAUUGAUCAACUUCAGGCAGAGAAAGCUCUGCUCACUCAAGAGACAAUCCACAAGAAGCUGAAAGCUGACACAUCAGAACUCCAGACCUGUGUCCAUGAUGAUGGUCCAUUAUGCAGGACACACAAUGAUUUGUGCCCAUUGGAGAGUGAGCUCCUAAAAAAGUCUGAGGAACUAAAAAUGCUCUCUCAAACCUAUGAAGACUCUUUGAAGACUUUGAAAGAACAAAUGGAUAGACAGAAAGAAGUUUCAAAAGAAGAGAUCGAGGAGCUGAAAGCUGCCUUGUCCAGAGUACAACAUGAGCUUGAUCAACUCCAACAGCAUCAUCUAGAUGAAGUAAAGGUGUGGCAGCAGAAGCUGGUCGAUUUGAAUGCAGAAAUGGAGACCAGACUUGCAGAGGAGAAACAGAAUUGUGAGUUUUUGUCUUCUGAGUUGGAGACUGCAAGACUGCAGAUGCAAUGUCUAGACCUGAGCUCCCGUUCUCUCCUGUGUUCUGAGAAUGAUGAAGAGUUCCACCAGGCCAACACUGAAAAGGGAGGUAUAAAAUGCCUUUCUCCAGAGAAAGACCCUGAAGAAUUGAAGACUGAAAUAUUAGAGUCGACUGAACAACAGUACAACCCCAAUGUGAAUGAAGAGGUUGAGCAUUCGGUAGCAGGAAGCAACACAGCCAUUAAUGAUACAUUUGAUGGACUUUUAAGUGGAGUGGAAAUUCUUACUCUGGAAAAUGAUUCUUCUGUAGUAGAGGAUGACUUGCAUACCACCAAAACAAGCACAGAAAAUGUACAAGUCAGUGUGUUGCAAGAAUGUCUUAAAGAUUUGGAAGAAAACAAUGAAAAGGGCAAUUUGGAGAAUGAUGUUCAGACUUUAUGCUCACAGUUAGAUCUUAAUAAAGUUGAAAUAAUUUCAAAAACAGAUUUGUUUGCUGAAAUGGAAGAAAAGUUCCAAAAAUUGGAAAAAGAAAAUUCAAAUUUGAUACAAAAACUAAGUGUCUCUGUUAUGGAGAACCAGAAACUUGAUGAACAUGUAAGGGAACUGGACGAAGAGCUUAAUAGCCUAAAUUUGCAGUUAAAGACAUCAAAAUUGCAAUUGUCUGAUGUAACCAAUUUGUUGGAAAGUCUGGAAAUGGCUAAAGGAGGCUGGGAUGAAAAGUUACUUCAGAUUGAAAGUGAUCUGAAAAGGACUCAAUCUGAGAAGGCUAAUCUGGAAAAACAUAUCUUGUCUUUGGAGGCAGAGUUUGAAGAGAUCCAGCAGAAGAAUGAGAAGCUGCAGAAAGAGCUUGACUUAAGUAAGAAAGCAAUUGAAAGUUUAGAACAACAGCUGAAAGGGGCUGUAGAUGAAAGAAAUCAGCUGCAUCAAGAUUUGUCCUUGUGCACUGAGGAAAAGGAAGAAGUUGAACGUGAUUUCCAGAGGUGGAAAGGAAAAGCUGAACAACUAGAAAAGGAUAACGUUGAUGCCAAGGAGUUUAUAAAGAUCCUUGAGAAAGAUAUAACGAAUCAAAAAUGUCAAAGAGAAUUGGCCAACAGUAGCCUUGAUAACCUGCAAAGCGAAAAAGAUAAACUUUUGCAGCAGCUUCAGAACAUGGAACAGACUGUUGUGUUACUGAAAGAGGAGAAUCAAGAGUUGCUUAGAGUAUUGAAUGAAGUUAAGGAAGAAAAAACUUCAGUCUCAACAGAGUGUGAAGUUCUUGAGAGCAAAGUACAAGAGCUAGGAAAUGAAAACUCAAAGCUGUCCCAGUUGCUGGAGUCAUCCCUAUGUGAAAAGGGUGAAAUUGCAUCAAAGUUGAAUUCUACUCAGGAAGAGGUAACCCAAAUGCGUGCAGGCAUUGAGAAACUAAGGGUGAGAAUUGAAGCAGAUGAGAAAAAGAAACGGCACGUGGGUGAACAGCUGAAAGCAAGCCAGAGGAAAGCUGAUGUUCUCGUGGACAAAAUCGAAAAGCUUGAAAGGGAAAGAGAGAUGACCGAAACAAGUCUGGAAGAUGCAAUUCUUCAGGCAGAGUCUGCUAAAGCAGAGCUUGAAAUUUUAGCCCCUGAAAAGAAGGAACUAACAAAAUCAAUAGAAUGUAAAGUACAAGAAAUUAAUGAUCUGAAGGCAGUAAAGGAGAAAUUGGAAAAGGAGUUGCUCUGUAAGAAUGAACAGGUUGUACAGCUGCAGAUCUCAUCUAGUGCAGCUUCUGAGAGACUGGAAGUGCUUGAAAAAGAAGUCAAAGUAGCUAAAACUAAUCAAGAAAAUGCGGCAAAAACAUGUGAAUCAAAAGUAAAAGAAAUAAGUAAUGAGCUGCAGCUAAGCAAAGAUGAGGUUAUGUCAAUGCAGUUAAAAGAAAAUGAUUUAAAUUCUCAGUUAUCUUGUUUUAAAAAUGAAAAUAUCAUGUUAUCCCAGAAACUCCAGGAAGCUGAAAAGACCCUUGCAGACGUGAAAUCCCUAAAUCAGGUUCUUUCUCAAGAUUGUGAGGCAAAGCAACUGAAAUUGAUUGAGAGCACUGGAGUAAAUGACCAGUUGCAACAAGAAGUGGUUGAUCUGCAAGUGCUGAGGCAGACUGCAGAAGAGAAGCUGACAAGUUUAAAAGUUGAAAAGGAGGAGUUGGAAAAGGAAAAGGUCUGUCUACAGACAAUUGUAACGGAGUGGGAGCAAAGGUCACAGAUAAUGUCAACGAAGGCAGAAGUGAUGCAAAACACAAUAAAUUCUCUGGAAGACGAUUUAAAACAGCACAAGCAUAAUUUGGAGUCGGUGAAAGUCAUUAAUUUGGAACUCACUGAAAAGGUAAGCAUGUUACAAGAAAAUUGCUUCAAGCUACAAAAUGAAAUCAAUGAUUGUUUGAAAAAAGCAGAGAGGAUGCAGAAGGAUUUUGAGCUUGAAAGGAACUCCCUUUCUGUUGAGCUUCAGUCCUCUCGGCAAGAAGUGGAAAGCUACAAGCUGUCUUUAGAGAUCUCUGCUUCAGAAAAAGAAGAUCUUAAGAAGAAUCUGGCCUUAUCUCAGGAUAACAUUGCUUUAUAUGAGCAGAAAAUUAAGGAAAUGGAAGGUGCCUGUCAAGAGAAGCUUGCACUAGCCCAGGAAAGGUAUGAAGGAGAAAAACAGGCACUGAAACGAGAACUGACUGGAGCAGAGCAAAAGAACAUUGAUUGUUUCACUGAAAUAAAUGACCUGAAGUCCAGUAAAGAAGAGCUGAACUUAGCAUUAAAGGAAUCGGAAAUAAAAUUGGAGCAGUGUACCAAAAUAAAGGGUGACCUGAAUUCCACCAUUAUGCGGCUCACUAAGGAGAAAGAUUCUGCCCUCAACAAGCUACAGCUCUGGAUGAAGUCCUGCAAACAGCUAGAGCAAGAGAAAGAAGCACUCCUCAAAGAAAACCAGCAGCAAGAACUGCUUGCCAAACGUAAUGCCAGCCUAGAAGAAGUAGGAGCACUACAGUCCGAGAUACAAGAACUCAAAGAGGCCUUGGAUGAGAAGAGUAAAGAAGCUGAUGAGAGCAUGGAGAAGUACUGCAAUAUCAUGAUUAGUCUUCACAAACUGGAAGAAGCCAAUGAGAUCCUUGAAAACAAACUUGCUUUAAUGAGCAGCCAGGUAUUGCCUUUGAAAGGUAGCAAAACAGCAGGGAGCACUCCAAAAACAUCAGAUUCCCCAACAGAAAAGAACCCUAAGUCUGCAGAAAGGAGGAGAGCUUCACCCAGAGGACAGUCACGGCUUUCAGCAAAGAGGCAGAGAGCUUCAGGUGCUGAGGAGGAGACUGACCCAGCAAAGGCACAGGAGCACCUGAGCUCCAGCAAGAGAGUCUGUGGACAAGUGAACCCCCAAACAGCGCAGCGUACAGAGGAGGAGGAUGAAGAAUUCAGACUAGAGGGGUUACCAGAAGUGGUGAAAAAAGGGUUUGCAGAUAUCCCAUCUGGAGAAAUGAGCCCCUACAUUAUUCGUAGGACAACUGUUCAGAGGUGCAGCCCGCGCCUUGCUGCAAAGAGAUCUCCCACAUUACAGACUGCUCAGAAAGGACUGGAAAAUGCUGUUCCUGGACAGAAACCCACAGCAGAGGGCAGCAAAAAUAAAAAACAGAUGCACAAAGUGGAAUCACUACCUGCACCAGUGGUCAUCAGUGCAGGGAAACUGCUGUCAACCAUAACUAACAGUCCGACUAAGCAGGGUUUCGAGAGUCCUGUCAGCAACAUGGAAGCAAGGAGAAGCAAGAGAUCCCUAAGCUCAAAGAAAUCACCUGAGCAAAUGGAGAAACGGAGACAAAUAGUGGCUUCUGAAAACUCAAGUGAAAACUGUCAAGUACAGUGAUAACAGUUUUGUUUUCUAAACUGAAAAGUGUAAAUAGCAGUAUUUCGUGUAAGAAUAAAAAAAAUGUAUAAUA